AGUCCCCCUCCGGGUGACGUUACAUCCUGUCACGAGUGCGCAGCGCUGCCUGCAGUCUUGUCAACAGAGCGGCGGAGAGUUGUGUUGGUAGCGCUGUGAACAGGUGGCUGUAAGGAAAAAAAUAAUACAUUGCCGCCCUGUCUGGCAACAGCUGCAUGGGUCAGGAGCGAGAGACUGUUCUGCAAACCGUGGUGUCUGAAAUGCGUCUUCGGGACGAGUGGUACUAGAAUGGAGCCGCGCAGGUACGAGGUGGAACCGGCGACAAGACGGGACCAGUUCUGAGACAAGGUUUGGCUUUGAGCUCAGUUCCUCAGCCGAAGGGUCUAAAGAAACUGUAGGAGGGAAGGGAGCUGUGAUGUGCCCGGACAGUCGUGCAUUGAGGAGGAUAGUGAUCUCUCACAGCCCUGCGCGCAUCUUCCACCGAUGACCAGCGUGGGGCUGACUGACGCCCGGACUCCGCGGAGGGUCACUGCUCGCCCGAAACAUCCAGCUCCCCGGCGCCAGGCUCGGCUGGACCGGGCAGGUCCCGAGCAACAGCAAUAACAGCUCAUCGCGGUUUUCUCCCAGGCUGCAAUGGUGACUGACCAGGCUGAGGUACCGGCCAUUUCGUUACUGAUCUGAUAUCGGCGCAGCUCCCAGUCCGGGAGUUGGAUACAGAGCGUCCUGCGUGGUGCUCAUCUUGCCGGCGGCCAUAUAGACGCACAAGGGGAGAGAAAGUAAGGCGCUCCGGGGGCUGCCCGGGCUCUGGGGACAAUCUGCCCCGAGGAGAGGGACAGUCUUCAGUUCGCAGGCGGACCGAGCGAGUCCGAGUCAUGGAUCAGCUCAAAGUCAAAGACCGCAUCCUGGAAAAUAUUUCCUUGUCCGUGAAGAAGCUGCAGAGCUACUUCGCUGCCUGUGAGGAAGAGGCGCCUGCGAUCCGGAACCAUGACCGCGUCCUGCAGCGGCUGUGCGAGCACCUGGACCACGCACUGCUGUACGGGCUGCAGGACAUCUCCUCGGGGUACUGGGUUCUGGUUUUGCACUUCACUCGGCGGGAGGCGGUCCGGCAGAUCGAGGAGCUACAACAUAUUGCCACCAACCUGGGCCGCAGUCGGGCCUGGCUCUACCUGGCCAUGAGCGAGAGCUCGCUGGAGAGCUACCUGCGGCUGUUCCAGGAGAACCAGGGUCUGCUGCAGAAAUACUACUUCAAGAACGCUCUGGUGUGCAGCCAUGACCAUCUCGCACUCUUCCUCACUCUAGUUUCCGGGCUGGAGUUCAUUCGCUUUGAUUUGGAGCUGGACGUCCCGUAUCUGGAUGUUGCACCCUACAUGCCAGAUUACUACAAGCCUCAGAACCUGCUGGACUUUGAGGAGCGGCUGCCCAGCUCAGACAGCCUUUCCUUGCAUUCCUUCACCUCGCUGACAUCCACCAACCUGGAGUGGGACGACAGCGCCAUUGCUCCCUCCAGCGAAGAUUAUGAUUUUGGUGAGGUAUUCCCUGUGAUGCAGUCAAUGCCCAGUGCAGACUGGGAAGAGGGAGACCUGACAGACCCAGCCAGCUGCCGGUCAGUGGCCUGUGAGCCGCUGGUCAACAGGGCGGCGACACGCAGCCCAACUCUGCGGAUCAACCCUUUCAAUGAGGACUCCGACACCAACCCUUCCACCGACACUACACCUGUGCACAGCGCACGCUGUGAGGCUUUCGAGGACGACGCAGAGAGCACUGGCACCGAUCUGGAAGUCAUCAGGCUUGCCAAGAGGAGAAAGCCGGGCAGGAAGCGCCAAGGGAAGGGGAGGUUGUCCUCUGCGAGCACCAGCCACCUGCCUGUCGGACACAGGCCCCCAGAGCACGAAGGCCGGGGCAGUGGCGGGCCUGUGGCCGGGGCAGGUGGGCCCCAGGAUGGCCCUCUGGGCUCAGGGCAGGACGGGGCCAGGGCAGAGGAGGGGCAGGAGGGAGAAGAGGAGGAAGGGGAAGAUGAGGGAGAGGGCCUUCUGCGGCUUCCUGAGAUGACGGACACCUCUAUGGAGAGCGUAGGGCAGCCCCUGCGGGAGGUCAUGGAGCAGCUGGAAGGGACUCUGGACUGCAAGACUUGGGAGCCCAGAGCGGGGGCCCAACCACCCCCGCAGCAGCCCUUUCGGAGCGACUCCGAGGGUGAGCCUCCAGACCCGCCCCCUGCCUCCUCUUUAUCCUUGGCCCAGGAGCCCCACGCCCUGCAGGCCUCUCCGCCUCGCGACUUCUACCGCUUUACCCCAGAGAGUCCAGGCCCUGCUGCCACAGGUGGUGGCCACGAUGACCCUGCAGGGCCUGGCCAGCCGGCGCAUGUUCAUGGUGGCCAUGAAGCUGAGGGAGCGGGAGAGGCGCCGACAGGAAAGACACUCGGACUCCUAGGGGAGCGAGGGGAGGAGGAGGGACGGGCGAUGCCUUUGCAGAACGGCUCGGCCCUGACGCCAGAGCUGCCCCUGUCUGGCCGGGAGGAGGAGGAACAGCCACCCAGCCCCUCGGAGACCAGCCAUGCCGCUGAGUUCAGGGUGGACAAUAAUCACCUGCUGCUGCUGAUGAUCCAUGUGUUCAGAGAGAAUGAGGAACAGCUCUUUAAGAUGAUUCGGAUGAGCACAGGGCACAUGGAGGGAAAUCUACAGCCACUGUACCUCCUGCUUACAGACUGCUACAUCUACUUGCUGCGGAAGGGAGCAGCAGAGAAGCCUUACACAGUGGAGGAGGCUGUGUCUUACAACGAACUGGACUAUAUCUCUGUGGGAAUGGACCAGCAGACUGUCACCUUGGUUUGCACUAACAGACGCAGGCAGUUCCUCCUGGACACGGCAGACAAGUCCUUGACAGAGUGGUUCCUGGCCUCCCUGAAGUCGGCCAUGAUCAAGGGCUGUCGGGAGCCCCCGUACCCCUCUGUGCUCACAGAUGCUACUAUGGAGAAGCUGGCCCUGACCAAGUUUGUGGUACAGGAGUCGCACUGUGAGGCAUCAGAGGUGUGCAUCAAGCUGUACUCGCUGGUACACUGGGAGGAUCCCCUUGAUACAUCCGGGGAUCACGAUGCUGGACUGCACAACCACCCUGACAGUUCUGUGGUCAAAGAAGGGCCUCUUCUAUACCGUGCUGGAACCUCCUAUCUUGGCAAGGAGGUGUGGAAGAGCUGCUACCUGGUUCUGAGCAAUGGGAUAUUGUUCCAGUACCCUGAAAGGACAGACGUGACACCUCUGCUCUCUAUUAAUAUGGGGGGGCAGCAGUGUGGGGGGUGUCGGCGUUCCAACACCACAGAACAACUCCACUCGUUCCAGGUCAUCCUGACGGAGCGCCCCCCUCUGGAGCUCAGUGCAGAGAAUGAGCAGGACAUGGCUGACUGGAUGCUGUACCUGUGCCAGUCGGUGUCUAAAGGGGUUGUCCCCCAGGAUGCAGCACCCACCCCAUGUAUCCCCUGCUGCCUUGUGCUGACAGACCGGAAGAUGUUUGUGUGUCAUGAGGACUGCCAGACAAGCUUCUUUCGCUCCCUGGGCAGUGCGGAGCUGGCUGAUGUCAGGGCAGUGAGAGUGGAGAGUGAUCGCGAGUACUGUGUCAUAGAGUUUGCUGAGGACAAGAAACAGUUCCUGCCACCCUGGGUACUGUACUUCAGCUGCAGUGUGGAGAGGGACCGGGUGCUGGGGGCGCUGGAGACCACCUGGAAAGAAAUCUUCCAGGUGGUGCUGCCCCGGCAGGAAGUGUUGGACCCUGCCGUGCAACAGAAGUGCGGUGAUGCUCUUUCUCUGAUCAGGAGCGCCUGGCAGCGCAGUGAUAGCCUGAGGAGAGGACGCUCGGAGAGAGAGCCCUGGUGCUGAGAGGCACAGGAGCUGCAGGUGGAGAUAUCCGGCUGCCGUUUUAAUGAAGAAAGAAUUCAGACUCGGCAACUGAACAGCCUGUGAGAAAGGUGUCAUGUUCUGGAGGAGUGAACUCUUCCAGCCCUGUGACUGAGCAGACCUCUGAGAUGCAGACUUGCGGAAGCUCUUUGGACACAAUGCCUGAAUUCACUAAUUCUGUUGACCUUUUCUGUUUGUGCCUCACCUGAAAGGCCUGGAGCAGGACACCUGACCGUUGGAGGGGCAGACCCUUCCCGAGCAAAGUCUCUGGAACAUGGACACAGACUCUGCAGCUUUUAACUCCUGCUUUUAUUUUGUAACUUUUACUUCAUGGCAAGUGUGUUCCAGACGAAUGUCUUGUUUAAGCUAUUGUCUCGCGUCUCUCUCAGUUAAUUUUAUCUGAAGAGACCAUGUGUUUGAUGUCUGGUCAGUGUUUCAUGUUUUUUUAAAAGUAAUUCAGCUUUUAUUUUAAGGUACUCUUUUGAGUUAACUCAGGCUGCAUUUUUUACAUAUCACUGCAUUGCGAGGGGAAUGUCGCUGGUGGACGCAAAAUAUUUUGGUGUCAUUCUGAAAGUGAGGCUCAUUUGCAGAUGGGGUCCAGCAGGAAAUCUACAAUAUUUGUUAGACUUGCCAGCGGUGGGGUUAGGGUUAAAAAAGAUCAUUUGAUCUGUUUGAUAAAUGAUGUGUUGAAUGUUUGAUCUCAAGUGGUAGCUGCUUAAUUCUAGAAACUCAUCCUAGGCUUUUUCCUUUAAUAAUCUCAAAAGUUAUCUUUAGCAUCUUUAGCCAAUGGAUGGAUAAUUGCACCAGACCUCUGUACUGUAAGUACUGAUUAUUAAUUGGAAGAUAUUCAAUGAUUAAACCAAUAGUUAUUAAUGUUACACACAAGAUGUGACUGUCGGGCCGCAGACUGCAUUGGGGUUGAAGAACUGGAUGAGUUUCUUAACUAAUGAAAGACUAAAUGAUUAAAGUUGCUCAGGAUCAGGACUGACCUUCCUUUGAUUAUAUUUUUAUGGUAGUUUUAAUCCCUAUUUGUGCCUGAAAUUUAAGAGAUGUUAAAGCCAACUUCUAUUUUUUUUUCUUUUGGCUGUAUGUGAAGUGCCUAAAAAGUCAUCACUGUUUUUGGGCCAAUUGUCUGGGGUGUACAUAUUUAUAAUGUAUGUUCUGAUGCUAAUUUCACAGCACUUUUUUUUAAACCGAAGAACAUUUUGAAGCAUUUAAGCAACAUCGCCCAGCUUUAUCGUUCUGCUUUCCUAUUAUGAAAACCUGCUGAGAUGUGAGAUAUCAUGCUCUGGUGCUUGGAGUGGGGGCAGUGCAGGACAGUUGCCUGAAGCUCACACUCCAAUGUCCUGGCACCCACUUGCUUGAGGGUUUAUAAAACUCACUGAAACUGCAUAUUUAUCUCGGACCUGCUCUGUUAAGAGGCAUUGACAGUGGAAUCACAGGUGUACAUGGUAAAUGAUGUUGGUAAUAAGAUCUCUUGUUUAUUGAAAUCUCAUGCAGCCUAGACAGCAGUGGUUAAGACUUGCAGUGAAUGAAGACAUGGGGUAUGAAGACUUAUUUCUGCGACACAAUAAUUGGGGGAAUUAAGUUACAGUACUUAUAUAUAUUUUUUAACUUUACUGUUACUCUAAGGAGAUGAAGAACCAUACGUGUUUAUGAUUUAACUUGAAAAAAGCAGACUUAUUUGUGCUGCUAUGGGAUACUUUCUUCAUCUAACAUGUUUACAAUACUUAAAUAAAAAUGAUAGGCCUAAUGUAAAGAACUAGACAUCAGAGUUUGACGUUUUUAAUUGAAGCGUGUACUGAGGGUUCCUGGGACAGCCUUGCCACUUGGCCUUUUCUGUUCUGCUGAAGUUGUCCAAGUUGCAGUUCUAUGUUCUGGUAUUUUACAUGCCACUUGUCUUUGUCCUAGUGCAGAGCUGCGAUUAAGCAGCUGCUGUAUGUAAUGUUUGAACCCCACCUAAACAUGUUCACGGACAGGUAAUGAAGAAUUGUAAAUGUUUUUGGCUUGAAAUUUUGUGAACCUUUUAGCAGUCUCCUGCAUUCAGACUGCUAUCGCCUACGGAGUAGCAGCUUUGGCUGUUCAUCGCACGGCUUUAAUGUACCGACCCAUGGUUAGUUGUGUGAUCUUCAGAUGCAGGGUCUGUGAAGUAUUAUCUGGAGCCAGUGGAAACUGGUGCAGGCUGGCAGACUCAGGGUCCCCCCUUGCGCCUCAGCGCGCAUGUGGUCCAGGCCAGCACUGCAGGAAGCAGAGCCUCUGGGGAGCCAGGAAACUGCGGGUCCAGUACUUGGAAAGGUCAUUCUGUGUGUGAGAGUAUUUAUCCUGGAAAGGCAUUUGAAAGAAAUAAAAACUGAUGUGAAACAA